AUGGAUCGCCCCCAGCUCCGGAACCCUAGCAGCCGCCCUCUUAAGCCGCUGCGGCCACCGCGAGGCUCGGCCGCCCAGCCCCCGCCAGCGUCGAGGCCUCCCCCCAAGCCCUCCUCUCCAGAUGGAAGGCCAAGAAAAAAGGUUCGAUUUGCAAGUGAAGCUGGUAGUCAUCACAUGCAUGCGAGACAGGAUGCUAACACAAGCAAAGCUGAGAAAACUAAGCCCCAAGGUUCCGAUGCGAAAACUACCGAACUCAAAUUCUUUAAGAAAUUGUGGGAGCAGUCAGGAUGUAGAUCCCGUUCCCUCAGACAACCUCAUCAAAACAUUGUGCCAAGCAUCUCCAAGCAAAAAGAGGGUGAUAGAAUGGAACCACAGAACAUGACGUCGCACAAGAAGUUCCCUGCGCAGAAUGUUACUCUGUGUCCUGAUGAGACCCCAGCCACACCCUCAAACAAUGAAAUCUCUGAUGAGCAAGUGGAAGUGCAAGCCUCACAUUCUGAAUAUCACAAUCAUGAUACACCUCAGUUAAAACCAUGUGAUAUCCUGCCAAUGGGUCAUGUUUUCACACCCACGAUUCAGACACCAUUUGAAAUCGCAGGGAUUUCAAGAAAUACCGACGCAGAACCUGGGAGUGGACGCAUGUUUUCAGAAAAGAGAAGAAAAUUAUUAAAGCUAGCUGCAAAAACUGUGUCAAUGGAAAGUUCUGAGUUGUUGCGAAAAAGAUCAGAUUUUUUUGCUGAUAUCUUGCAAAGGUUAGGCGCCAACGACAUAAUAAGAGAGCAUCAUAAAGAGCCCAUGAGACAGAGGGAAAUGGUUCACAGACGUGCUCAUUCUGAUCCCAAAGGUCAUUUUGAAAACAUGCUUGAUUAUGGGGGUGAUUUCAAAUCAUCAAGUAAACUGAUAUUGGGCAAAGAGUCAUCCUCAUAUGCAAGUGACGAAUCACGUCAAUUCUUAGCGUUGCCAUGGGUAGACGAUCAGGGUCUUCCAAGUUUUCUUGAUUGGAAAGACGAUUUAUCUUGUGUGGACAAUGGAGCACAUGAGAGCAUGUCAUUACCAUCAGCAUAUUCUACAAAACUUUCAAGUUCUGAUUGGAAAAGGGACACUGUUCACAACCAGGUCUCCAACUUGUUGCUAGAGGAUGUUCAACACCUCACCAAAGGCAAAUUAGCUUCGGGUAAUGAAUUGGGCUGCAAUAUUCAAUCUGAGCCAUAUGAUCAUGAUGAAUGGGAUCCAAUGCUGUUGCUAGCAGUCACUGAACCAUUUCCAAAUCGAUUGUCCUUCCCCUGUCAGAUCAGAGAGCAGUCUGUGGUGUCGCGUGCAAUAUCAGAUACUUCAUGGCAACCUGAGUUUUCCAGAUCCCUAGAGCAUUGUACUUCUAAGUCGCUUGGACUGGAGGUGGAUGGCUUGAUUGAGGCAGGAUUGUUUGAUGAUUCUGAUGCUGGACUUCAAUCUGCAUUUGAUCAGUCACAUGAGAAAUGCACUUCAGGAUUUUUAGGCCUUAGAAACGGAAUUCUUGAUAAUAAUGGUUUUAGCAGUAUCUCCAACUUCCAUGUUAGUCAGAGCAAGAGCAUUGUGUUGAAUCCAGACCGAAGUUGCCUGAAUUCCAUAUGUUCAACUUCAGAUUACCCUUUUGAGCAGCGGUCAAAGAGCUUUUGUGACUCUGCUGUCCCUGUAUCCUGUAUGGAUGGAAUGGUGGAGAGACAUUUGACAGAGGCAGAGUUGUUUGAUGAUCCUGAUACUGGGCUUGUACAGGGACUGGAUCAGCUACCUUUGAAAUUCACUGCUUCAAGUUUUCCCAAGUACACGUCUGGAAUUCUUGAUCAUCAUCAUGACCCAAAGGACUGCUACAGCAUUUUGCGCAUGGAUGCAAAUGAGACUUGUUUGGAUUCCUUAUCCUCAUAUUCAGAGCGUUCUUGUAAGCAAAACUGGGAAAGCUUAUGUGAUUUCUCCACAGAAUUGCGGUCAUCAUCACAUCAUGUCAAAUCUCGUGGUGGUAAUUUGGAAGGUAUGUUUGGUUUCUCGUCGAAUGGAAGUAUUUGCAAUGAUUUUGAAGAUGACAACAGUAUGACGCUAGUCGAAGGCAACACCAAGAGCUGCUUGUUUGGUACAUCGGAUCUUGCAUUAUUUGGUUCUUGCUCUACUAGAGAUAGCAUCAGCGAGACUCCCAUGUUAUCUUUUGAUGGUGUAAGGUGGUAG